AUGGGUUUCAUUAGGCCAGCUACUCCUGGCUUCCUGAUAACUCUCAUAGCCACCAUCUUGUUGGCUGUCGUAUCCUUCUCAGUACCUCUCAUAAAAUCUGUAUACUUUCUUAAGGCAAGCCUUGCCGUCGAAGGCACCAAUGGUUACAUCACGUUUGGGACCUUGGGGUAUUGUUCGGAUAUCUCGGGGAACGUUUCAUGUUCUAGUGCAACAGUGGGGUAUGAGCUCAACAUCAAUGCCUUGGUAGGCGAUAACACGACUCUCCAAAUACCCACUGUAAUUGUAAAAUGGCUCACGUAUGCCCUCGUCCUGCAUAUCGUGGCUCUUGGCCUCGCAGGGGUAGCCGCCAUCUUUGGUCUUCUCGCUCACGUUCGUGAAAUGGCCAUGACUUGCUUCAGUAGCUGUAUAUCAGGAUUUGCUGCUACUGUCACCCUUACCGCUUUCAUUUUUGACCUCGCCAUCUUUUUUAUCGCCAAGUCCAGGAUGAACAGUGUUUCAGGUGGCUCUGCCUCCAUCGGCAACGCUGUAUGGCUUACACUUGUUGCCUGGAUCUUACUGUUCGUCAGUGGAUGUUUCUAUGGCGUUGGAAGGUGUUGCAUGAGAAGACGUCCAAAGGGUGCAUGGGGCGAUAAUGACCGCAUGGGUGGGAAUGGAUACGCAGAUCAAAUGCGCCUUGACGCUGUCAAAGCGGAAGCAGAUCGAAAAGCAAGACAACAACAAGGCGAAAUUGGUUUACCGCCAUUCCAGGAAUACGAUCCAUCUCAGCCGCUGAAAGCAAGAAUCUCGGGCGAUGGUGUAUAUCUAGACGAGGAGGAUGGCGUGCCAUACCGAGACAACCAGAGCGUCUCCACCGCCGGAAGAGCUGGCAUGGGGUCCUAUGGUCGUCGUCCAUCAGCAAACGGCUACGCUGGGGGAGGUUAUGUGCAGGCUCCUCGCGGCACACGCGCUGUUGAUGAAUAUAACAACACUUCUCCAUAUGCGGCGCCGCCACGCCGGAAGAGUAGCACUCUCACUCAGACUACGUCCUCAAGUACUUAUCCGCCAACAUCUACAGCUCACUCGAUAUCGCCUCUUAAUACAUAUGCUGUCCCCGCCGCUGCAAUCACCGCCCCAGUGCAAAACGCUUCUGGCUGCUUAUUAUAG